GCAAAUAAUUCAAAACCUCACCACCAUGUCUACCACCAACGCACCCAGUGGCUCACCCCCACCAAACGCUACACUCUACGUCAACAAUCUCGAAGAAUCGAUCAAGCCGGCCGCGCUCAUCGAAGCCCUCACGGAACUCUUCUCCGAAUACGGCACCAUUUUGGAAAUCGUCGCAAAGACCAAUUUGAAGGCCAAGGGGCAGGCGUUCAUUGUCUUUGAAGAUGUAGAGAGUGCGACGAAGGCGAUUGAGGAUAUUCAGGGCUUUGAGCUUUUUGGAAAGGAAAUGCGCAUUGCGUAUGCGAAGACGAGGAGUGAUGCUAGUGUGAAGAGGGAGGGGGGACAUGAGGAAUUGGAGGUUCACAAGAGGAGACGAUUGGCGGAGAAGGAAAGAAAAAAGGCCGCCGAAAUUACCCUCCGUCCUACGACCGGUCCUGCUCUUGCCAAUCCAGCAGAUCUCGCUGCACGACCCAUCAAAGCUACUCGUGGCGCUGGACUCAAAUCUUCCAAUCCUGCUGCUGCGGCCGUCGUACCGGAUGAAUACUUACCUCCUAACAAGAUUCUCUUUGUGCAGAAUCUACCGGAAGAAUAUGAUGUUGAUAUGUUAACAAGUAUCUUUGGACGCUUUGAAGGCUUUAGAGAAGUAAGAUUGGUGCCGGGAAGAAAGGGCAUUGCAUUCGUGGAGUAUGAGACUGAGACGGGCAGUAUUGGUGCCAAGGAAAACACGGCGGGUAUGGCUUUGGGUGACGAGCAGAAGGUUAUCAAGGUCACUUAUCAAAGACAGUAAGUUGUGAAGGGGGGGGGUUUCCAUAUGAAGGUAUCACAAGGAGUUUUCAGAUUGCGUACCCAUUUAUAUGGAAAGUUGUUGCAAUAAUGGAUGGAAUGCUUCA